AUGUCCUCGGCCACGAACGGCGCGGCCGCCGCGCCGUGGGCCGACCUCCUGCCGGAGCUGUGCGGCCUCGUUGUGGACCGUCUCGACGACCCCAUCAGCGUCCUCCGCUUCCCGGCGGCCUGCGCGGGCUGGGCCGCCGCCUGCAAGGAGAACCCUCGCCGCCUGCGGUCGGGCGCGCCGACGCUGCUCGUGUCUGGCCUGGACCCCGAGGGCGUCGAGACCGAGCACGACGUGGACGCGGGCGCCUUCGGGCUCCACGACGUGUCCGCCGGCGGCGGCGGCAGGUCCUUCCUCGCCGAGGCCGCGGGGUUGAAGGGCCGGACAUGGAUCGGCGGCAAGGGCGACUGGCUGGUGACCACGGACUACGGGUGCAACGUCGAGCUCUUCAACCCGAUUACCGGCGACCGGGUUCCCCUGCCGUCCUUCGAGACUACCCGGGGAUCCGAACUCGGAGUGCCGGGCUACCUCCAUGUCAGUGCCGAGGAUCGCUGGCACAGGAUCCUCAAGGUCACGCUGUGCCAGACGCCGGCGCACCCCGGCGGCUACCUCGCUGUUGCUCUGUUCUCCGGAGGCUUGCUGGCGUCCACGGCGGCUGGGGACAAGUGCUGGACGGCGUUGAAGAACCACGCGGCCAGCUCGCGGUUGGAUCUCUCCUACAUGGACGCCAUUGUCCUCGAGGGGAAGCUGUUCUCUGUGAACGAAUUUGGACGCGUCUAUUCCUGGGACAUGAUGAACGGUGGAACCACGGAGCCGGCAGCGGUGGUGCAGGGACCGGAGAUUGAGCUCAACCGCCAUUACGGCCGCGGAUUCUACCUGGCCACGUCGAGCCACGGGCAGCUUCUACUCAUCUGCAUACAUGGCGACACCGACUCCUUGAAGGACAAUCGCACGUGCAGCAGGUUGGUGUUCGACGACAGGUGGAGCUUCUACGAGCACGGCAUGUCGCUACACGAACUCGACGCCGCCGGCGGCGGCGCGUGGCGACGCGUCACGGACCUCGGGGGUGAUCGCGCGCUCUUCCUGGGGGCGAACUGCCCGUUCUACAUCACCGUGCCGCCUGGGUCCGAGAAGCUCAAGGCGAACUGCGUCUACCUCGCCGACACGCCCUCCGGCUACGACGCGGGCGUCUUUGAUCUGAACAAGGGAGAAGAAGAAGACGGCUACGUUGAGCGUCUGGCUUACUCGCUCAUGGCUGACCCACUGCAGAUGCCGAUGUGGUUCCGGCCGACCACCCACCAUAGGCUACUGGAUGAAUAA